AUGGAGUCAUGUUGUCCAAAGAAAUGCUCACCACCGUCAAGCCAAAUAAACUGCAACAUUCAACGAGUAUCUCCACCUUUGGAACUUGGAGAAGGUCCACACUGGCAUCAAUGUACUCAGAGCUUGUAUUUCGUGGACGUACACAAAAAGAAAAUUAACAAAUACCAUCCAGAAACCAGCUGUUAUACUACCGCUACAAUAGAUUGCUGCGAUCCCUUGUGUUUUAUUAUCCCAGUGGCUAAUCAAAGUAACACUUUCUUGGUUGGCUUAGGCCCUGCUAUUGGUUUAGUAAGAUGGGACGGAUGUUCGAAUAGGGCAGAGUACAGGUACUUAAAAACAAUUGACAAAACUCCGGGUAACCGUUUAAACGAUGCAAAAGCUGACGCCUCCGGUCGUCUGUGGGUAGGAUCUAUGGGACCUGAGAUAAAUGACAACUCAGGUAAUUACCAUAAGUGUAGAGGCUCACUAUACUCUGUGGAUUUUGACGGCACCGUCACUAAAAGGUUGUCGAACAUUAGUAUCUCCAACGGUAUGGCGUGGAGUUUGGACAAUAAACUGUUCUACUACAUAGACACUUACAAGUAUGCGGUCGAGGCGUAUAAUUUUGAUCUUGCUUCGGGAAAUAUCUGCAACGGAAGAGUGAUUUUUGAUUUUAGAUGCCAAAAUAUAACCGGUGAUCCAGAUGGUAUGACUAUCGAUACAGACGGUAAUCUGUGGGUAGCAUGUUACAAUAGUAAUCACAUUAUAAAAAUUAAUCCCAACACAAGCACAGUGUUGACGACUAUCGAAUUUCCUGCCUAUCAGAUCACAUCCGCCACUUUUGGUGGCCCAAACUUAGAUCAGCUUUAUGUGACCACAGCAAGUUACCGAACAACCGAUUCACAAAAGUCAAAACUACCGUAUUCCGGAACUCUGUUUCGAGUUAUCGGCACAUGCUCAACCGGUUUUAACGGCGUACCUGUCAAAAUUAACUUGUGCUCAUUAAAUUAG